AUGCAAUGCAACGCAACAGAAGAACAGAAGCGUAGUUUGACAAAGCAAAACCUGGCAGAUCGAGUUCGGUAUCUCUUGCGUUCCAAUAUAUUUGAUGUCGCCGAACUCGAACGGCUACGACGUGAGGGUGUUCCGUUGGAUGAAAAUGCUACGGCUGAGGAUGCGGCGCCACAAAUUGCAGAGCAACCCGCAAACGUGGAUGCCGCCGUGAAUACCCCAGUUUUUGUUGAUUUAAACGAUGAUGGAAAAGUCGUCCAGGAACUGGAAUUAGAGCAUAUGAGGAAUACAUUGGAAGAGGCGAUUGUGGAAACGCGUAGUACGCCUCUCGAAAAUCGACCGCGACUUCCUCGCAUAGCCCUAAGCGGGUGGAAUCGGGCUGUCGUGAGGGCUCUGAACCCAAUGCUGGUGACCUUUUUGGAAGCCAGCAGGGACCUUUGCGAGACGAACUCAAUUCUUUUUGGCGCCGCACCGGCAAUAUGCUGUAUUAUAGGUGCCAAACUUUCCACGGCUGGACGCGCUAAUGGACAAAGUAGCGCUAUCCCAGCCUGGAGAAUAAGAAUUGAAGAACGUAUCGCAAAGGCUAGGGCCCUCAUCGGCAGACUGAUAUGUUUCAGGUCUGGCAACAACAGGCCAAGGAUUGUGCGCACCGUCAGGAUGGCAUUUGCUGGGACAAAUGUUAGUUUGUCCCAGCCGGAUAUAAUGCAAAAAUUGACGGAGCGCAUAGACCACCUGAAGCAGAGAAUCGCUGCUUGGGGAAAGCGGAUUCGGCGAUAUACCGAGAGGUCGACACGGUUCAACCAGAAUCGUCUCUUCCAGAGUGAUCCGAAGAGGCUCUAUAAAUUAUUGGAGCAAACAAUGGUAAGUGGAACGGGCUCAGCACCGAAUCAGGCCGACACUGUCGCAUUCUAG